AUGAAACGUUUGGAAAACCUACUGAGUGGCUGUAACCUCUCAGAGAGAAGCUGUGAAGCUCUGUCCUCAGUCCUCAGCUCCAAGUCCUCUAGUCUGAGAGACCUGGACCUGAGUAACAACCACCUGCAGGAUUCAGGAGUGAAGCUGCUGUCUGCUGGACUGGAGAGUCCCCACUGGAAACUGGAAACUCUCAGACUGAGUGACUGUAACCUCUCAGAGAGAAGCUGUGAAGCUCUGUCCUCAGUCCUCAGUCCCCAGUCCUCUAGUCUGAGAGAGCUGGACCUGAGUAACAACGACCUGCAGGAUUCAGGAGUGGAGCUGCUGUCUGCUGAACUGGAGAGUCCACACUGUAAACUGGAAACUCUCAGGCUGUCAGGCUGUCUGAUCACAGAGGAAGGCUGUGCUUCUCUGGACUCAGCUCUGAGCUCCAACCCCUCCCAUCUGAGAGAGCUGGACCUGAGCUACAAUCAUCCAGGAGACUCAGGAGGGAAGCUGCUGUCUGCUGGAUUGGAGGAUCCACACUGGAAACUGGAAACUCUCAGGUAUGAAGAGGCCUGCUGCAGCCACAGACAAUCCGUCUGAUAG